GCUUUGGCGUGGGCGGGGCUUCCUCGAGUUCCGGAGUUGAGUCGCUUCCCUUGGCCGGCGCGGAGAUGCAGCCGCCGCCCCGAAAAGUGAAGCCAGCCCAGGUGGUGAAGCUUCGCUUCCUGGAGCAGCUGAGCAUCCUUCAGACCCGGCAGCAGAGGGAGGCAGAUCUAUUGGAAGACAUCAGGUCCUACAGCAAGCAGAGGGCAGCCAUUGAACGGGAAUAUGGACAGGCACUCCAGAAACUGGCUGGGCCGUUCCUGAAGAAGGAAGGGCACCGGAGUGGGGAGAUGGACAGCAGACCUUCUCUGGAGAGAGGCAGGAUGGUGUUUGGUGCCUGGCGCUGCUUGCUGGAUGCCACCGUGGCCGGUGGCCAAGCCCGGCUCCAGGCGUCUGACCGAUACCGUGACCUGGCAGGGGGCACAGGGCGGAGUGCCAAGGAGCAGGUGCUUAGGAAGGGAGCAGAGAGCCUCCAGAAGGCACAAGCUGAGGUGCUGCAGUCUGUCCGGGAGCUGAGCCGGAGUCGGAAGCUGUAUGGGCAACGGGAACGUGUGUGGGCCUUGGCACAGGAGAAGGCAGCUGAUGUACAGGCUAGACUGAACCGAAGUGACCAUGGGCUCUUCCAUACUCGGACCAGUCUCCAGAAACUCAGCACCAAGCUUUCUGCCCAGUCAGCCCAGUACUCCCGGCAGCUGAGAGCAGCCCGCAAUGAGUACCUGCUCAACUUGGUGGCCACCAAUGCUCACCUUGACCACUACUACCAGGAGGAAUUGCCAGCCUUGCUCAAGGCCCUGGUCAGUGAGCUGUUGGAACACUUGAGAGACCCCUUGACCUUGCUAAGCCGCACUGAGCUGGAAGCUGCAGAGAUGGCUCUUGAGCAUGCCCGCCGAGGAGGACAGGCAACCUCCCAGGUAAGCUGGGAGCAGGAUCUGAAGCUCUUUCUUCAGGAACCUGGAGUAUUUUCCCCCACACCACCUCAGGAGUUUCAGCCUGCAGGGACUGAUCAGGUGUGUGCCCUGGAGUUGGAGGGGGAUGCAGGAAGCAUGGCUGGGGACACUAGCCUGGAGAAAGAGGUUCAGCGCUGGACAAGCCGAGCUGCCCGAGACUACAAGAUCCAGAACCAUGGACAUCGGGUGUUGCAGCGGCUGGAGCAGAGGCGACAGCAGGCUCCAGAGCGGGAGGCCCCAGGUAUAGAACAGCGGCUACAGGAAGUGAAGGAAAGCAUCCGGCGGGCACAGGUGAGCCAGGUGAAGGGAGCUGCCCGGCUGGCUCUGCUACAAGGAGCUGGCCUAGAUGUACAGCACUGGCUGAAGCCAGCCAUGACUCAGGCUCAGGAUGAGGUGGAGCAGGAGCGACGUCUUAGUGAGGCCCGCCUCUCCCAGAGGGACCUCUCUCCCACGGCUGAGGAUGCUGAGCUCUCUGACUUUGAGGAAUGUGAGGAGACAGGGGAGCUCUUUGAGGAGCCUGCCCCUACAGCCUUGGCCACUAGGCCCCUCCCCUGCCCUGCACAUGUGGUGUUCAGCUAUCAGGCAGGGCAUGAGGAUGAGCUGACUAUCACAGAGGGCGAGUGGCUGGAGGUCAUAGAAGAAGGAGAUGCUGAUGAAUGGGUCAAGGCUCGAAACCAGCACGGCGAGGUAGGCUUUGUCCCUGAGCGGUAUCUCAACUUCCCGGACCUCUCCUUCCCUGAGAGUGGCCACGACAGCGAUAAUCCCUCAGGGGCAGAGCCCACAGCUUUCCUGGCCCGUGCCCUAUACAGCUACACAGGACAGAGUGCAGAGGAGCUGAGCUUCCCUGAGGGGGCGCUUAUCCGCCUGCUGCCCCGGGCCCAGGAUGGAGUGGAUGAUGGCUUCUGGAGGGGAGAAUUUGGGGGCUAUGUUGGGGUUUUCCCCUCCCUGCUAGUGGAGGAAUUGCUUGGCUCCCCAGGACCCCCUGAACUCUCAGACCCAGAACAGAUGCUGCCAUCCCCUUCUCCUCCUAGCUUCUCACCUCCUGUGCCCACCUCUGCCUUGGAUGGAGCCCUUGCAUCUGUGCUGCCUGUGGGAACCUCCUCCAUCAGGCUCACAGAAGCAUGAUGGUGAGAAGAGCUUGGGCUUUGGAGGGGAGGCAAGUGCAUUGUUGAGACUUUGCCUGUGACUUCCCAAUGUGUGGGUUGGGGUGGGAUGUUUAACCUGCCUGGGCCUUUACAGAGUAAGGUGAAAGGUCCCUACCUCACCUGAGUUGUUAUGUGCUAGAAAGAUGGGCCUAGCACUGUGCCUGGCACAUAGUAGUACCAUGGCUAUAGUAGCCAUUUUCUCAUGAUGAUUAGUUUACAAAUUAGGCAGCAUUUCCCAUUAUUUUCCCACUAUGUAUCUUCUGCCUUUAAUGUUCUUGAAUACUGCAAACACCUUGGUUUGUGUCAUUUUCCUUCUUGGAAUGUCCACUUUUUCUAAAACCUUCUGGUACUUUCACUUUCUUCAUGGAGCCUCCCUGAUUCCCAAGGUCCCUCUGAACAUCUUCUGCACCCCCUUCUCCAGUACCUAUCGUUCACUUUGAAUGAUUUAGCACUCAGUCAUUCACUGUUUGUUGGCUUUUCACUAUUGGGUUCCUGACAGCCAUAGGGAAUGGGGGUGCUGUGAAUCUCAUCUCCCCCUCUCAGCAGGUGCCAAAUAAGUGCAGAGGAUGGAUGGAUUGAUGGAUUUUAUGGCUCUGAGAUUAGUGACUAUUUGUUAAUUCAUCAAAUAUUUACAGAGUUCCACUCUCCUAAGUGCUGGAGAUGCAGCAAUGAACAAAACAAAGCCUGAAGAAUGACUUG